GCACAAACCCUGAGUAAACUAACUGCCCCUUGACUCGAUGGAGUUCACCACACGAUUCAUCUGACCAAGGAGCAGACCGCGCGGGGAAGUGAGCGCUCGUCGUACGGGGAAAUUGACGUCAGAGAAGCGGGAGGAAGAAGGAAAGAGUCACAUCUGGGUGUGAGACGACUGGCGAGGUAGUCAGUCUGUUGGGCAGCCUCUGCCAGGAAAUCUGGCUAGGGCGGUCCGCGCUGAGGAAAACAAACGCGAUCUUAUUAUUCCGAAGACUGAGAAAGACAGGCUUGCUGGCUUUCUCUUGAUGGACGGCUGUUGUUGCUACUGGCCUAAGCAGAAGAGAGCCCCCCGCGCGUGAUACGGGCAGAAAAUGGCACUGCAGCCACAUCCCUCGCCGCCUUGCCCAAGGGGUAAGGGGGCUCAGCCGUCUCCUUACGUGUACAGCAUCCCUUCCGACGUGCUGGGGAAGUUUUGCGAGCAGAUGGACUGUUUGAAUGAUUAUGACUGGAUGCGCUUUGCAUCCAGUGUGAUAACUGAUCAGACUGAGCUGAGGAAAAUCAAGUGCAUGGAGAAGACAGGAAUCAGUAUAACGAGAGAGUUGAUGUGGUGGUGGGGGGUUAGGCUCGCAACUGUCCAGCAGCUUUUGGAACUUCUGCGUGAACUGCAGUUUUAUCGGGCAGCCAAAAUCAUUGCAGAUUAUCCUGUUUCGAAAGCAGAUCCAGAGUGUCGUUCAUUAACUUCACCUCCAGCUUCCAUUGACCUUCCACAUUCUUUACAGUCAAAUCCUCCUGUUUCAUCAAGCGUUAAGCUAUGCAGUUCAUCUGUUCCUCAGCAGGAAUCGCUUCAAAAUUUUCCUAGUAGGAGCCUCAUUUGGACCAAGGAUGAAGUUGAAACUGCCACCAAUGGCUUUUGUGAGGAGAACCGACUUAAUGAAAGUAUUUUUGCUGAUGCUUUCAAAGGCCAGAGGCACAAUGCUGUAUAUGUUGUUAAAAGACUAAAAGAGAAGGAGUGUGCAAACCAGAAUCAUACACAAAGAUUUUUUCAUACUGAAGUACAGAUCUGUUUUCGGUGCUGCCACCAUAACAUUCUACAUCUUCUGGGCUUCACUAUAGAAAGCAAAUUUCACUGCCUAAUAUACCCAUACAUGCCUAAUGGAUCAUUAACUGACAGAUUACAGUGCCAGGGUGGUUCUGAACCAUUAACCUGGGAGAAACGCAUCACAAUUGCCAUUGGCCUUAUUCAGGCUAUUCAAUAUUUACAUAAUUUUGGAAUUCUUCAUGGAAAUGUGAAAAGUUCCAAUGUUUUGCUGGAUGCAAAAUUUGUUCCGAAACUUGGACAUUCCGGUCACAGAUUGCAACCUGUGGAGAAAAAAACUGAGAAUGGUGGGACGAAGACCAAAGUCAUGCAAGCUUCCCUUGCUUACGUCCUAGAAGAUUUCAUCAGGCAUGGGCAGCUAACUGAAAAAGUGGAUAUAUUUAGUUGUGGAAUAGUUCUAGCAGAGAUACUGACUGGCAUUAAGGCAAUGGAUGAAAGAAGGCAUCCCGUUUUCCUGAAAGAUGCCCUCCUUGAUGAAAUCCAGGUGGCAAAGGAACUGUCCUGCUCUAAGAAAGGAACCUUUGAAAACCUAGCAGCUAAAGAAAUAUGUCGCAGGUAUCAAGACAGGAAAGCACUCCACUGGCCAGAAAUGUCUGCCAUUUGUUUGGCAACUGCAGCCUGUGUGUGUUUGCGGAAAAAGAAUCCUGAUAUGGCAGAGGUGAAUGCAUAUAUGGAAAUAGCAGCUCAUCAGUUACAAUAUCAGAAGAAGUCGGAAGGAAGAGAAUAUCCUGGAUUGUCUCUCAACAUCCCUGAAGAAACCAAUGAUGAACCAGCCAGCCCCUUCAACAAUAGCUUUUCAGAUGACAACUGUGAUGGAAGCAUGCAUGCUGAGUUAUUAAACUGUGUGGAUUUGUUACCUCCAUUGAUAAGAGUUAUGUCUCCUGAAACAUACUCUGAGCAGAGAUUACGGGUCCCUUGUGAGUCUGAUGAAUCAAGUAACUUUUCUUGGGAUCCUAUGAGGGAUGUUGCAUACCAGCCACCAACCAAUGGCCUUCCAGAUCCAGAAAAUGUUUUCCCCAUAACAUUUCAUGCAAAUGAUCCAGAAUACAGUGAUGAUGUCACAGCAAAAUCUGUAGUCUCAGAGAAACAUACACCACCUCAGGAAGCACCUGUUUCUCCAAAAAGAACUCUCUUAGAUAUAGAAAAUUCUGGUGCUACCUGUUCUUCACAAGCAUCAGCCAAAGAAACCGUUAGGGAAAUAAAGAUCAACGAUCAAAAAAAGAAGAUGAUACAAGAUAUUUUACUGUAUGAAGAAAAAAAGUUAAACACUUGUGAACUUUUGAAUCUUACCUAAAUCAUCAUUAAUGCCAUUUUCAGAAGAAACUCCCUUUUUUGGCAUUAUCAGCUACAGCAAAAUGUGUUGGGAAAAACUGUGUCCAGUCUGCAACACUUGUAUGUCCAAAUUAUAUUAAAGGGAAAUAGCAAUUUGAGGUGAUUAGAGCCUUGGAGAAUCUCUUCUCUGGUUUACAGUUUCCUCUAAAAGUUAAAGAUAUAGCCCACGACAAAUGUAUAAAAGGUGGGAGGAAUUAGUUUUGUAGUUGGGCAACAUGAGUAAUGUAGCACAUUUACUCAGUUUGACCAAAGGAUUUCUGAGAACAAACUGUAUUGACUUGUUUUACUUUGAAACACACCAGCUGUCCUUCAGCCACAUUGUUCAGCUUGUAGUUUGCAAGAUAAUAUUAUGCAUGUACAUUGUUUGAUGACUUCACUGUAUAAAUGAACUGAGUCCACUGACAAACAUUGUAUUUUGAGGUGAUAUGGAUGUUCUAUCACCUGUCGUCUGGUUUGUGAUGGCUCACACACAGGUAACUCGCCACCUAAUACAGCAGUCAUCAAGCAAUGACUGUGCAGGUGUGAAUCAACUUUCCAUCUGACAAAAUCUACAAGAGGCAUUACUAGCUCUCUAGGCCUUAAGUUUGCUUGCUGUCUGUUGCACUUGAUAUGGCAUGCUUAAAAGCAAUUACUGUCUUUUAUAAAACAAAAUAGUCCAAGAUGCCUGGUCAAAUACCUGACCAUUCUGGAAAACAUGGUGUAUUAGGGCUUAUGUUUACAUGAAGAAUGCCUGCUACUUUUGCAAAGUUAUUUAAAAGUAUAUGCAUGACUUCUGUACAGUUUGUUAUGCUUUAAAGUACUGAAUAUUGAGGCUUUUAUAGUAUUUUGGUUUUUAUAGAGCUAUACCUUAGAUGAUGAGUCAAUCAAAUAAUUAAUGUGCAAUCCUAUUUUGAUUUUAUUUAGCGCAAACCUGCAGCCUAAUUUGAGUUAAAGGUUAACUUGGCCUCUGGUAAAUGAUUUAGUGGAA